CAUUUCUGAGCAUAUACAAUCAAUUUUUUGUGUGUGUUUCAGAUCAAGAUGCUGCUGAUUCUAACCCUUACUGCACUUCUGGCCGGAAUAUCGGGUCAGUCGGAAGACGAUGCCAACGCUUACGUGGACAAAGUAAUCAAGGACGAACUCCCGGCGGAACUCAAGUACCUGGACCCGCUCACGCUGCGUCCUUUCAAGUUCCACUUGAGGCAACACCCGUUCGGCUGGGUCUCGUUCUGCGCCACCAACGUGACGGGGUUGGGCAGCGUCCAGCGCUCGGGCGACUGCGGUAGCUACGGACGCUCGCUUCCGCGGAGGGCUUUUGUCGGCUGCAACAUCACUGUGGGAGAUGUCGAAGUCCGGUUGUGCAGCACCCUCAAGUACGGUCGCAACCUGACGGAGGUCCAUGCCAACGCUACCUUUUCCGAAGUCCGUGGACGACUCUACUUCUCCGUUGGCGCCUGGAAGGCUCCUUCGGCCAGGGCGUAUCCCGAGCUGGGAAGCGCCACGACCGUCUUCAGCGGCCUCGAUGACACGCCGGAGACGCACCAUCUGAGGUUGGGCUACCAGGCAGUGGCGAGAGAUCUUCUCGCUGUGGCUGUGGAGCGACAUCUCUCCGAGGCACUUACCAGAGCGGCCCAUCGUGUCUUGUUCCCGCUUUGAGGAGCCAUCGGAGACGUGUACUUACUGCGAGUACCUCAAGUUUCCCCUUCUUGUUCCCGAGAAGCGAAUAAAUGCAAUUUAUUCGGGUACAUUUCGA